AUGACGAGCCUUUUUUCAUAUGAAGGUCACCAAUUUAAUUUAGACGGACGUUACAACGUUAACGGUAACCAACGUUACCGUUGUUUGUAUUUUGAUAGCGUUCGUCGAUGUCCAGUUAAAUUAUGGCGAUUGACUAAUGGUCGCAUGUUACAAAUAGGCCAGCACAACCAUAUCGUUCAUCAGAUUCAACCUGAUCAACCUCCUGAAAGAAGACCUGCCCCGAGAGUACGUAAUACUAAUCGGCGGCAACCAGCCCGCCGUCAAUCGCUUCCUCCAACACCUUCAACCUUUGAGGAACUAGAAGAAAUUCUGUUGGUUUUACGUGCUGCUGAUGAUAUAUAUCAAGGUCAUGUAAAAGACAAUUCUUCAAUGGCAUAUAUAUUCAGCACUGAUCGCAGUUUGAAACUGCUCAGUGAAUCUUCCGAGUGGCAUAUCAAUAUAUGCUUCCAGUGUGCGCCACUCAUGCCCCAGUGCAGUUUUUUGUUAACUAUUUUAGUGCGGCGAGAAAAUUUGGGUGUUCCUGUUUUUUUCGCAUUAUGUAAUGAAAACACUUCAAAAUUAUUUGGGUUAAUCUGGGCGUGGAUUCUUGAAAAAGUUCCGGAUACACGGAACAAUCUGAAAUAUACGAUUUCCGAUGUCGACAGAUCUCUCUUAUCAUCGAUAAAGUUAUGGCUGCCAUUUGCGGAACGCAAUGGCUCUUGGAUAAAUGCAGCCAGAGCUCUGGCGGAUAAAUGGCGCUCAUUACAAUUGCCCAAUCGCGACAAACCGCUCAGUAUAAUUCUGAAUUCAAGUUGGGCAAUUUCAUUUGUUCCUGAAGAGAAAUUAAAUGAGGCUAUCGACAUAUUAGCCAACAUGCUUGAUGCUCAUGACAAUGGCACACAAAAUUUCACGCAAUUUCGACAAUUUCUUGUAAGAGAAUACUUACCAGUGGCUAAUUAUUUAUCUAUCUGGGGCAAACCCUGGAAAGCUGCAAGUUUUACUGAAACUUAUUACAAUAAAUUGCUUCAUCAUUUUGGGGAGGAGCAUCCAACGAUAUUUCAUUUAAUACCCAAACUUUCAACUCUUAUCGGAACUGAAGUAAACAGUAGCUGGACCCCCCGAGCUAGAAGAAGCAAUUCAGAUCACUACGUCUUCGAAACUGCGACUGUUCUAUCGAGUAGACUGCAUGGUGGACAAUGCUCACUUUUGGAUUAUUUGAAGAUUAUCGGCUUUACCCGCAAAGAAAUUCGAACAACUUUAGACGUUGCUGUGGACCGGCAAAGAUAUCUUUAUCAAAAUUUGGCACAAUUCGAGCAUCGGUUAGACCUUUUGGGCAGCAGGAACUUUGUCAACCGAGCACCAGAGCCAGAACCCGCGGAAGUUGAAGAUGAACUCGUGGAAACCGAAGAUCAACCCGCUGCAGUAGAAGAUGAACCGAUAGAAAUUGAAGAAGAUCGGCCAGAGGAGAUCGAAGAUCAACCUGCGGAACCCCGAAGUGAAAAUGAUGAUGAUAAUAUUUACUAUCGUGGAGAGAUACAGCUUCUUGAUGAACCGGAGCAGCUUCCAUGGAUAAAUUCUUCAACUCAAGGGAUGGAAUUUAAUGACGAGGAAGCUGAUGACUUCGUGCUUGCCUGUGUUGCCUGCCGUAUAAAUCGGCCGAAGGCGGCAUUCAGUCCAUGCGGACACAGCUGCUUGUGCUUAGAGUGCAACUUGUCAAAUGCUGAUAAUAUUCGAUCCCACACUUCAAGACAAGUAAUUCAUCGGCAACGACCUCGUUACCGUCCUCCUAUUCCACAAAAUUUUAAAGAUCUAGGUGAAACACUAACAGUUUACCGUAUGGUAUCCAAUAUUUAUCAGCAUGAAGUUAUUGCUGAAGAUGGAUCAAUUGCUCAAAUUUUUGGUAGCAAUAACAUGUUACAAAGACUCGGUGAAAGCUCAACUCUUUUGAACCUAGAAGAAGCUUCACGCUGA